AUGACAAGACAUUCAGGAUCCGGAAAAACAGCAAUUAUACAACACAUUGCACUAAAAUACAAGAAUCGUGGAUGGACCGUGAAACCGUUUCAUACAAAAAGUGAGAGAAUUAAGUUUUUUAUGGAACCUGCAGAAAUUUUUGAAGAAAAAAUAAGAUAUUUCAAAACUUCGUGCAAAGAAAAAUACUGUGCGUUAAUUAUUCUUAUACUAUUUAACAACAAAUUUUGCGUUAAAUAUAUGCAAGAAAGUGAUACAUUGGGAAAAAAAUAUAAAGCUGCAUUGGAAUUGUGUGAUAUAAAGAUAGAUACAGCACCUCAUACUAUUGGCGAUACGCUUAAAACGUUAGAAGGUUUUUUUGUGAAGAAAGUAGGCGACACCUUUGAAUUUUAUCACGACUUUGUGAUGGAAAUCACCAGUUAUGUGUUUGGAAAAGACUAUCCCCUUUUUGCAAUAGAACAUGCGGACAUUGGUUUCCUCAGGAAAAGAGUAAGAAUAAACACCUUCAACGAAAAUAAUGAUAAGUUUAUUGUAAAUGUAAGUGAAAAAUGCAGUUUUACUCUAGGGAAAAGACUUUACAAAGAUAUUUUUGGAGAUCGUUUGUUAGAUGUUGUACUCAAUCCUUGUCUGAACAACGAGGAAGUGACUAAAGUAUUAAUAGAAGAACUAGAGCUGCAUCCAGAAAAACUAAAGUUGUUGAUCGAAAAGAAAAAGAUUCAAAUUGAAAAUCAGGACCUUAAUAUGAUAUCAAAUCAUUUCCUUUUGUCUAAACUUGUCUUUUUGAGUUUACAGGAGAGAAUAUCUCCUCUUGAUGCCAUUAUAAUUUUUUGCAAAACAAAGCUGUCUAUAUAUUGUUUAAAAGCUCUACAAAAAGAAACGGAAUGUUUAGAAUGGAUUUCAUUAUUUCCUGCAUUAUGUUGUAAGGGCUCACCAGAGAUUUUAGAAAUUGUUUUUCAAAACAACCUUCAAUCAUAUAUGUCAGAAAAAUGGAAUGGUCUCCAUCCAAUACAUAUUGUAUCUGCAUUCCAUAAUUACAAAAUAUUGAAUGAACUGCUCAAAGUCGGUGUUGAUGUGAAUUUGAAAACUGACAAUAAGAAAUAUUUUACACCAUUAAUAAUAGCUGUAGGAAACGAUACGGGAGAGGAUAAAGAUAACUGUCAAUCUAGGCGCAACGAAACCGUAAAACUUUUAUUGAGCAAUGGUGCAGAUGUUAAUUUAUGUAUGCAAAACGGAGCAAGUCCUCUUUUUAUAGCUUGCCAAGAAGGCCAUGAUAAUAUUGUUCAUCUAUUAUUGAGAAAUGGAGCAAAAAUUAAUUUAUGUGAGGAGAACGGAGAAAGCCCUCUCCAUAUAGCUUGUAAAGCAAAUCAUAAUGAAAUUGUAAAACGUUUACUUAACAAUGGAGCAGACCUUAAUCUACGUAUGGAAGACGGAACAAGUCCUCUAAUUGAAGCUUGUCAAAAGGGACAUAAUACAACAGUACAAAUUCUGCUGAGCUAUGGAACAGACAUUAAUGAAUGCAUGAAAAAUGGAUCCAGUCCACUUCUUCUUUCUUGUCAAAAUGGACAUUUAUGCACCGCAAAAUUUUUGCUGCACAAUGGAGCAAAUGUAAAUCUAUCUAUGAAAAAUAAAGCAAGUCCUCUGCAUAUUGCUUGUCAAAAUGAGCAUAACAGUAUUGUUAAACAUUUACUUGAUAAUGGAGCAAACAUUAAUUCUUUUAUGGAAAAUGGAACCAGUCCUCUCGUUAUAGCUUGUCAAAAGGGGUAUGUAAACACAGUAAGGAUUUUACUGCAUAAUGGAGCAGAUAUUAAUUUCUGUAUGAAGGAUGGGACCAGUCCUCUUUUCAUUGCUUGUCAGGAGAGACAUAGUUCGAUUGUUGAACUUUUACUGAAAAAAUUUGCAGACAUUAAUUUAUGCAAAAACGACGGAGCCAGUCCUUUAUCUGUAGCUUGUCAAAUGGGACAUGAAAUUAUUGUGCAUAUUUUAUUAAGUAGCAAAGCAGAUAUUACCUUAUGUAUGAAAGACGGAAGCAGUCUUCUUUACAUUGCUUGUCGAGAAGGACACCACAAAAUUGUUGAACGUUUACUGGAAAAAGGAGCAGACAUAAAUAAACAUAUAAACGCAUGUGAUGAACAAGGGGCCAGUCCUCUAUAUAAAGCUUGUCAACGCGAACAUGAAAGCAUUGUGAAAAUUCUUUUGGAAAAUGGAGUAAAAGUCAAUUUAUGCAAGAAAAACGGAGUCAGUUCACUCGAUAUAGCUUGCCAAUACGGAUAUGAAAGCAUUGUUCAGCUUUUACUGGAUAGUGAAGCAGAUAUAAAUUUAUGCAAUGAAUUCGGAGCCAGUCCUCUUAAUAUAGCCUGUGAACAAGGUUAUGACAGAAUUGUUCAACUUCUACUGAGUUACGGCGCAGAUAUUAAUUUUUGUGAUGAAUACGGGAUAGGUCCUCUCUAUAUAGCUUGUGAUCACGGUUUUAAUAACAUUGUCCGACUUUUAAUGAGUAGCGGUGCAAUUAUAAAUUUAUGUAGGAAUAAUGGAGACAGCCCUCUUCAUAUAGCUUGUAAACACAGACAUGUUAACAUUGUACAAUUUCUUCUGAAUGAAGGAGCUGGUAUCAAUAUAUGUAAUGAAAAUGAAGUUUGUCCUCUUUAUAUAGCGUGUGAACGCGGACAUAAUAGCAUUGUAAAACUGCUAUUGGGGAAUGAAGCAAACAUUAAUUUAUGUGAGAAAAAUGGAGUCAGUCCUCUAAAUAUAGCUUGUCAAAAAGGGCAUGCUAGUGUUGUUCAACUUCUACUGAAUAAAGGAGCAGAUAUCAAUUUGUGUGAUAAAUAUGGAGCAAGCCCUCUCCAUACAUCUUGUCAGCACGGGCAUAGUAGCAUUGUAGGACUUUUACUAAGAUAUGGAGCAGAUAUGAAUUUAUGCAUGAAAAACGGAGCAAGUCCUGCCUUUAUAGCAAAUCAACAGGGACACAAUAGCAUUGUACAACUACUGCGUAAUGAAGCGAAACUUGCAAAAGUUCUGCAUCAUUCCCUAGGAUGGAAAUGA